GCAUGCGCAUUUGUCGUAUAUUUCGUAUUGCGUAACAGAUUUUCAGCAAAUAACGUCCAUUGCUGAGAACGGUAUUAGCAAGUGAAACGUUUCAAAGUGAAGACGUACGUUAUCUUGCGCUUACGAGAAGUAUAAAACUAAACGUUGUAAAGAUGCCACGACGUGGACGAGCAUCGGGUCCUCCGCCAAGGAGAGUAAGGGCAGCAUCACCAAAGAGAGCCGCAGCACCACCAAGGGCUGCAGCAGUACAAGCAGCUCAUCCUCCAGCACAUGCUGCUCCAGCAACACCAAUGGUUGCUCAACCAGCAGCUCAACAGCCAUCUCUCAUGGGACAAAUGGCUGCCACUGCUGGAGGAGUAGCCAUUGGAUCGGCUGUUGGUCACACCAUUGGUCAUGCCGUGACUGGAUUAUUCAGCGGAAGUUCGAACGAAGCAGCAGCUCCUGUUCAAGCACAGAGUCCUUCAAUUUCUGCACCAGCUAACGGAGCUUGUUCCUGGGAAGUUAAGCAAUUCUUGGAAUGUGCUAGGAACCAAUCUGAUCUUUCUCUUUGUGAAGGUUUCAAUGAAGCUCUUCGUCAAUGCAAAACUGCUAACAAUAUGAUCUAAUGUGGAUCUAAACUUAACCAAUUGGCAGUAUAAAAAUUAUCAAUAGAGUUACUUAGAAAUCGAUUAUGCAAAGAAUAUUCUAUAUUAUAUACGAAUGUAAUUGUCUGUAUGUUCAUCUAUUAUGUAUCGAAUAAAACCAAAUUAGUCACAUAUAAAUAUAGUCAAGAUUUAGGCCAGAUACAGAAAUAAAAUAAGUUUCAUCGUACUGUUCUUUUUUAAAUAUCUAUGAUUUAAUUCUUAUUAAAUUUCCAUCUAUGUAAGUCUACGAGAUUAUUGUCAAUGAAUAAAACAUCUUAAUUUAA